AACCCAAAACAUUUUCCAACUUUCGUUACUGAUUUCGUCUUUACGAAAACCCAACACUUUGAAACUAGCUUUUCCCAAAUCUAUCAAUUGACAUAUUUUUAUUUUGAAGACAUGAGCUAUGGUGGUGGUGCCUCAGGAGGUCCUCCAGGAUCUAGACCAUCUGGCUUUGCAUUGUUUUCGGAUCUGAAAAGCUCUGGGAUACAGAUAGGCCCCCAUAACACUUUAAACGUGACUCAGGGUGCAGGAGUGCAGACUAGGAGUCAGCGGAGGGCAGCAGCAUCCGCACCAAGAGUGAAGGAAAAGAAACCCAAGCGACCGCUGUCCAAGUCUGAAAAUGAGCCCUCCCUGGACGAGAUGGACAAAGUGUGUAAAGCCCUAAACAAGUACAAGGACACUGCCUGGAGGGAUCUGGGCACCAAGCUGGGCCUGAGCAGUGGCGAACUAGACACCAUUCACCAUGACCAUCAUGCAGCAGGAGUCUACGAAGUGUCCUAUCAGACCCUGUUGCUAUGGAAACAACGACAGCCCACACCCCCACAGGUUAAGGUGUUGGCUCAAGCACUCUGUGAUAUUGGAAGAGGAGAUCUCUCCGACAAACUGGCAUAAUGUAGAUUAACAUCAAUCUUUGUUUUUAACAGAUUCAGCACCAUAACACCAAAGAAAGAAUAUUACAGAGAAAAGCAAAAUUUAUGAAUGGCAACUUCUUUAUUGUGAAUAACAUGACAUUUCGGAGUGUAUACUUGCUCCCUCAUCAGGUGAAUGGUAGGGAGUAUCAGGGUAUAUAUACCUACAUU